AUUUUCCUAACACUAGACCCUGAGAGGCUCCAACACAGAUCCUGACCUCUCAUUGCUGAUCACAUCAUGGAUGCUGCUGAAGAACUUGUUGACAAGAUCCACUUUUUAGCUGAUCUGCAGAAAGAAUGUGCUGGUGAAUUUAUUCUGCUAGCCGCUGAGCUUGAGCAGCAGAGACUGGGUGUUAAUAAAACACUUGUGGCUGGAAGUGUUGUGUCUGUAGUUGGCUCUGCUGCACUGUUAACAGCAGCAUUCUGCACAGGAGGCACAAUAGUCCCUCUCCUGGCUGUCACAGGCAAAACUGCUUCAUUACUGGGUUUGAGUAUCAAUGUGGGUUCAGAGGUUGUAGAUGCUGUCACCUCAGAAGAGUCCAAGAAAGAGGCAAAGAUUUCAGAGAAGCUCAGGAGAUGUGAAAAAGAAAUCCAGGCACUUAUGGAGGAACUGGCAAUGGAAGCUGAGCGCUUAAAAGUUUCUCGCGAAGAGUAUGUAACAGAUCGAAUCCUAAGAGCCAUGGCAAGGCGCUAUGGGCUGAAGGUAGAUGUGAAUGUCAGCUUCCUGAAAUUGGUAGCAAACUUUGUAAAAUCAGACCUUUUUUUGGGUACAUGUUUUCGUCUAGCAGGCUCAUUUGUUUAUAAGUUAGUUUUAAAAUUCUUACCAAAAACGGCACCUGCAGGGAGAAAAGCAAUCUCUAAGGUGGUGAAGUCUUCAGUGGCAUCCACAGCAUCGAAACAAGCCAUGAAGGCAGCUGGAUCAAAAGCUUCAGGAAAGGCACUCAAAUAUGCCACACGUGGAGCUUUAGGAAUUCUGUUCUCAGGCUCUGAGCUGAUUUACAACUGUGCUACUGUAAGCAACUGUGAGACAGAGAGCAGUAAGAGGUUCAGGGAGAUGGCUACAGAGCUGACGACAUCCUCUGGAAACAUUAAGAAAGAACUUGCUGCACUUGAAAAAAUGUGCAAGGAGCUGGCAGAAGUGAGGGACUCCAUCGGAAACAGCAACAGGAGCUCCAAGGAAAAACAGACACUGAUGGAGUUUGCACUGAAACACUGCAAAGACAACACUGUGCAGAAAUGGCUGAAGGAAAAUUCAGAGUCCAGAGCUUUCUUCAAACUUGUUGACAUGUUUUGUUUCCUACACGAGGAAAUCAAUAAGAAAAGAACGAAGAUAGACAAAGAGAACAUUGACAUCACCUUUCUUGCACAUGGAUGCAUUAAAGAGUCCAUGAUCCAAGCCAGCUGUCUGCUCCCUCUGCCCACAAUCGAAGAUGUGAUCCUCUAUUCUCCAUGGAACUGCCUUCUCAUAGCUGAUGCUGCAUAUGCUAUCGCCACAGGACGCAUAGAGCCUCAGCACAGGAUCUUUGGCUGUAGAAAACAUAAAGGCUGUGAAAUUCCAGAUAAAGACCACCAGCCCACCAACCUACACAACCACUGGAACUCAAUGAAGAAGGCGGGAGCCCAGAAGAUCCCAAACAUCCAUGUAAGUCCCCUGACUACAGACGAUGGCGCGUGGAAACGGGUUGUUGAACUACAAGUUCAACAAGGUCAACCUGGGAGGAACCGUAUCCUUGUUCCGUACAUGCUGCCAGGAGAGACUGGUUCUUCAGACACAAUCCCAUUCUAUGUUGUGACUCUGGCCCUAUCUAUGGUGCUCCACUUCUCCAGUUUGAAAGCCACUGUCCACCUCGCUGCCUGUCUGGGUAGAGCUACAACACUGUCUGAUCAAGAUUACCUGGACGAGCAGUACUGCUACACUAUUGACGGCACAUUCAUGACAUCAUUGCUGAAAAUGUUGAAUAAUAAUGACCUCAGUGGAUUCUUUAAAGCUCUGACUCAUUGUUAAACUCUUUUCACAUAUGCACACAACUUCUGAAAAGUUCUUGGAUUUCCCAGAGCUGAACUACAUGUGUGAACACAAACAGUUGAAGUUUUCAUUAUUUAGCCCCCAACAUUUUUUGGCAUGAAGUCCUGUGAGCUGAUGUGUUAAGUGGCCUUAAAAAUAUUCCCAAAAUUAACCAAAGAUAAAACACAGUCCUAAAAUGAUCUCCAUGCACAUCAUUUGACUUCCUCAGUAUUCUUGCCAGAAUGUUCUCGGCUCAGUUGCUGGUAUUGUGAUCUUGUUAAACUGUGUGUAACACUGAUGUGAAAGAAAAAAGAGACGCCAUUAUCAUAUAUUGUAAUUCUGUUUGUUUAGUGUUUUUUUUUUUUUUUUUACAAGUGUAAAGAUGAAAACACUGUUAGACCUGUUUUUUUUUUUUUUAUUGAGAUCAUUUUGCUAUCGAUGUUGUACAGAAUGCAGAGAAAGGUUUCUUUAUCUUCACCAAUCAAGUAUGUUUUUCCAUUUAAUUUUGUUUUUCAAUCCAUUUUAAUGUACAUUUAUUUUCAGUCAGGAACACUCUCAUUUUGCAUCAAAAAAUGUUCUCUGGGUUAGUCAAGCAGCAUGCUUUGAAUUUCCAGUGAUACAUUUAUGACAAGGUAAACUGAAUACAAUCAAAUGAGUUCAUAAGCAAUUAAUCCAUAGUAGCUUGAAUCUGAAUUUGAGGGUGUAACAAGCUUUAUGCUUUAAAGGAGGAGGCUGGGGUGGAGGAGGUUAACUUACCCAGCAGCAGUGUGGUGCAUCAGCAUUAAUGCAAGCAGGGAUUAGUGAGAAGUAUUUAAAUACGCCGCUGUGUUGAGAGAAAGAGCUGUGAUUGGCUGUGGGAGCUGGGAGGCGAUAAUCAGGAUCAGCUGGCCGUCAGCUGGGUGUAUGACCACUUUGUCCUCCAUGUUCCCACGCUAGGCUUCAUUUUUGUUGCUACUCUCCUAUGGCUGGAUUUUAUAAAACUUUUACAGUAAUGGAUAAAACUAAAAAGAAGGGGUAAAAAAGUGAAAUAAAAGUACUGAAUGAUUAAUAAUUCAAUUAAAAUGAUAGUUUUUUUGUCAGUGACAUAAAUGUAAUGUAGCCUUCGCUGUGAAAAAGUCUAUAUUGUUUUUUUGGUGUUUAAAUAUUAUAUUUGUACGCUUUGUUUUACAUUUCUACUGCUAUUGAAAGUGUAGGGUUUUUUCUAAUCAGUGAUUAUCUUUGUCCAAAUUUAAGAUUAGUUUAGCUUAAACUAGUUGAUUUAUGUUUUCUCCGGAGGUGCUGAUUUCUGAUGUGUUCUCUUCAUUUUUUUCUCACAAUAUGCAGAUGGUUUUUGAGAUUGUAUCAUUCACUUAAAUCUUAU